GUUUCCCCGCCCCGAGCUACACGAAAGUUUUACGAGCUGCAUAUUCAAAGAUUUACCGUUAACGUUAUAUCUACGAACGAUUACAAGCGUAGCGCGGCGAAUUUCUCACGAGGCUUAUCGAGAUACACUUCGUCUGCUGUUUACAUUAAAUUAUUCUCAAAAACCCCAGAUGUUUGCCCCUGACGAAACCGGGCGUUCGGAGUCGCCUCAUCCGGAUUUACAAAGAACUGUUUGCGGAUCCUGCGCUGUUUGCAAAGUGCAUCUAAACUCCUUCGCAGAGCCCAAACUUCUGCCUUGCCUGCAUAUAUUUUGUAAUACUUGCCUUACAAAGACCUGCACGCAUGGAGUUACUCACGAUUGUCCCUUAUGCGCGCAGUCCUUCUGCUUGUCUGAGGUCACGGAGUGUGCCAUUUUCGAAGACACCUCUAACAAUAACAAGGUCCCCAAGUGUGCCGGGUGUGAAGAGAGUGAGGUUAGCGGGUGGUGUGUCCAGUGUGAGGAGGCCCUGUGUUUGGACUGUACAUCGGCUCAUCGUAGGGUAAAAGUGACCCGGGACCAUGAAGUCACACCCAAAAAACCUCCCACAGGUUGGACACAGAGAAGACGCUGUCCCUCACACACUCAGGAGAGCUUGAGGUUCUUCUGUCUCGUUUGUGAAGAGCUCACCUGUAAGGACUGUCAGCUGAUCUCUCAUAGAGGGCACAGUUUUGUACAGCAGGAAGAAGCUGUGGGAUCUCAAAGACAGCGGCUGCAGAGUUUUUUGGACUCAAUCAGACAUCAGAAAGAGACGGUCAGCAGCAGCUUGGUGCACCUAGAGGCAAGGUUGCAGGAAAUUACGAGUAUAAAAGUGGCAGCAAAGAAGAUGAUGACCCGCAUAGUCCACUCCAUUUAUCAGACUCUGGUUGUAAAAGCUGCACAGAUGUUAAAGGAGGUAGAGGCCCUGUAUAUGGAGGAGGUGGGGUGUUUGUUGGAGAGGAAGACAUCUCUGAACCGGUUGGAAGGCUGUCAGGACUACAUAGCAGCUUUUAUUGAAAAGGUCUUACACAAAGAGGGUCACUGUCUCCUGAUCCACACAAAAAGAAUUGAGACCCAGGUGAACAAGCUUCUGUCCCAGAAGGCAUGCACCCCUGAGAACAUGAUUGAACUGCAUAUUCAAAUUCAGAAUGAACUCUGUCAGCACAUCAUGAAAUGUGGAUUUUUGAAGAUUAAAAAGGUUAUUGUUCCAUUUACCUCCCAGAGUACUGGUUCCACUUGUUUAAAAUCGGAGUCUGUGAAAACCUUGAAUCAAAAUACCUUUGCCCCAUAUAUUCCUCAGUCUGCUCCUAAAACUCACAUGAAUUCUUCUCCAUCUGAAACACACAAUAUCUCUGAGUCAGCCAAAUGUAGAAAGUCUUAUUGCCCUACCUUGCAGGUCUCUCAUACAGGCAUACUCAACCAUCCAAUGCCAAUUUCAGUCAACAACCAAACCCCCGUAACAGCUCAUCCAAUACCAGCCAACAACCAAUCGUUCAUACCAACUCAUCCAGUGCCACCCAACAACCAAACUUCCAUAACAAUUCAUCCAGUACAAGCCAACAAUCAAACACUUGCACCAACUCAUCCAAUACCAGCCAGCAUCCAAACACCCGUACUAUUUAAUCCAAUGCCAGCGAACAACCAAACACCCCUACUUACUCAUCAAAUGCCAGUCAGUAACCAAAAACAACCAAUUUCAGUCAACAACCAGACACCUGAAACAACUCAUCCAAAUCCAGCCAAUAGCCAAACAAUUGGACUAACUCAUCCGAUGCCUGCUGACAACCAGACACCUCUACUAGCUCAUGAAAUGCCACUCAACAACCAAACACACAUACCAAUUCAACUAAUACCAUCCAACAACCAAACACCUAAAACAACCAAUUCUAUACCAGCCAAUACCCAAAUACCUGUAUCGACCCAUUCAGUGCUAGCCAACAACCAAACACUCGUACCAACUUAUCCAAUACAAGCCAACACACAAAUACCCAUAUUAGUUCAUCCAAUUACAGUCAACAACCAAUCAACCAUACUCACUCAUUCUGUACCAGCUUACAACCAAACACUCAUACUGACCCAUCCAUUACAAACCAAUUUCCUGGGGCCUGGACAUUCUUUAUCUGCGCAACCAAAUGUUCCAUUAACUGUCCUUUCAACAAUAAACACACUUUCUUUAAAUGAUGCUACUGCAAUCUCUAAUGUCCUUCCUGUAAACCCAAUGCCUUCUACCCCCGUUGAUGGCAACAACAGCCUACAGUCUAGAAGGGGCACAUACAAUAGCUCUAACCUCCCAGUCAAGGCCUUGGCUGAUUCCGCCUGUGAUCAGGAUUCAGGUGUGAGCAGCACGAAUUUCACCGAUACGGAUCAUCUGGAGAGCAGCUUGCCCACCUCCCUUUUGUCAGAGGCAGCUCCCAGAGAACCUUCACCAGAUCCUGGCCACUCCGCUGGCCCAUCCAUUAUUCACCAAGACUCUCUUUCCACCCCCAUCACCACCACAGAGAAAUGUUUGAGUCAAGCUCAAGACUGUCAGUCAUCCAGCAAGAACUACUCUGGACCACAACACUGGAGCACUGGCAUGCCGACAACUUUCCGUCAGCUCGUGGAAGCAACGUGCAUACCUGUCAGGUCAAAAGACAAACUGAUCACAACACCUUCAGAGAAUUCAACUCCUUGUAGCACAUCAGAAGACCUUAAUGGGGAGAGGGCGACUCACAACAAGACUGUCCAAAGUACUUUUGACUACAGGGAGGCAACCAAAGAAGACAACAAAUCUGCAGUCACCGUGGAACACCUCAGGAGACAAAUCAAACAAUGCAAGAGGUCUCUACGUGUUUCUCUUGUGCGUCUGCCCAUCUCUCUGCCUCCAAGUGGACAGCCACUCCCAGAGUUCCACCUUACUGCCGUUACCUCCACAGAUUAUAUCUUAGUGCAGGAAUCCCAGGGAGGACAGGUUAACCAGGUGUGGAGAUGGUAUGAAGAUCCAAUACCAUCUGGAUCCUCUUCUUGCUCUGUAUCUCAAGACAGCGACAGCUCCCCGGCAUCUGACGUGGAGUUCUGUGCCGUGUGUAUGUCUGCAGGAGCUGCACUUCUUUGUGCAAAAUGUGGAUGUGCUUUUCACUUUGACUGUCACAUCCCACCAAUUCUCACAAAACCUUGUAAGGGUUGGGUGUGUUUGCUAUGUCAGGAUGUAAAUGAGACACUCGUUUAUGGCAGUGAGGAGAUGAGGACACCUAGUCUGAGUCUGCAAGAUCAAAGAAAGUGUGAGAAGCUUGUUUUUGGUCUCCUGUGUGAUGAGAACAAGAGCCUGCUCUACAGCGCCACCAAGAAUCACUCAAAAACAGCCGAAUUUGAGAUAAUACUCGGCCGACUCCUGGGGAAACGGAAGCCGCCUUAUCGGACUGCAGCUGAACUGGUGUCAGAUGUUUGGACUCUCUUUGACCUCUUGAUGAUGAACUCUGAGAGGAAAAACUUGGUUGUCAAACUUCAAAAAUCUUUCCAGCAACAGCUGAAUGAAUCGUUUGGGGAGAGUCUCCAUGCUUCUCUCUUGAAUCACUCCUGCAGCAAGGAUUCAGAGACAGAGACUGAACGAGAGAAGCACAGAAACACGUUGAAACGCAUGAGAGAGUUUUUCAUGGCAAACUCCGGUACAGCAGCAAAGAAAUCCUGCAUUGAUGAAGGGAACGAGGGAGACGGCUGUUAAACGCUGAAGUGCAUCAGUCAUUACUUGCUUUUUGAAAUUUGCAAAAAUACUUCUGUCUUCUGUUGUGAAGAGGGAACCAGAUCAUGUUCUAUUUACUGGAGUAGAUUUAGCUUUGCCUUUUAAGAUGUGUAAUAAUAAACGUAUUAUUUCAUUCAAA